GAGCCAUCCCACUCGGCAGCAGGCCCCAUGCUACUAUUGUCUAAGAGGAGAGCGGGCUAUUUGCAAAAUAAAGAUAGCCUACUGUUCAGCUCGUAGCCGCUAUGUGGGCUGACACAUGGGCAGGGUGAUUUGAAGGGGAAGCAGCGUUGAAAUGUACGACUGUUACCGGCGGAGCUCCGCUGUGUUUGUACUCCCGGACAGCUCGUCUUCUCGGCGGUCGGAUGCUGGAAGUGGUCGCCGAUAAAGGGCGCACGUACUGGGCUCGUAGAGAAAGGAGAAGGGACGCGGAAGGAAGGAACGAAGGAAGGAUAAGGGGAGCAUUUUAAUACCAAAUCGGGACACAUGUUGAGCUAACGCCCCCCCUCCUUCUCCUCCUCUCCUCCCAAAUGCAUUUGUUGCCUCAAUCGCCUUCCCGUUACUAAUUACUCCGCGUCAGGAUAAAGCAGCGGAUCUCGUCUCCGGCUCUGAGGAUCCUCACCGUGUUUGGGGGGGACCAUCAUGGAUCUCAGUAAGAUUGCUGUCAGCAUCAAUAAGGCCAUCAACACACAGGAGGUCGCUGUCAAAGAGAAGCAUGCCAGGACCUGCAUCUUGGGCACCCAUCAUGAAAAAGGUGCCCACACUUUCUGGGCGGCGGUCAACCGGCUUCCUCUCUCCAGCAACGCGGUGCUGUGCUGGAAGUUCUGCCACGUCUUCCACAAGCUGCUGCGAGACGGACAUCCAAACGUGAUCAAGGACUCCAUGAGGAACAAGGCUGAUUUAACUGAUAUGAGCAGGAUGUGGGGUCACCUGAGUGAAGGCUAUGGGAAGCUGUGCAGCAUCUACCUCAAACUGCUCAUCACCAAAAUGGAGUUUCACAUCAAAAACCCUCGUUUCCCCGGCAACCUGCAGAUGUCAAACAGACAGCUUGACGAGGCGGGAGAGAAUGACGUUAACAACUUCUUCCAGUUGACAGUAGAGAUGUUUGACUAUCUGGAGUGUGAGCUCAACCUCUUCUUGGGCGUAUUCAGCUCUCUCGACAUGUCUCGGUCGGUGUCUGUGACGGCGGCGGGCCAGUGUCGUCUUGCCCCCCUCAUCCAAGUCAUCCUGGACAGCAGCCACCUGUAUGACUACACCGUGAAGCUGCUGUUUAAGCUGCACUCAUGCCUUCCAGCAGACACUCUCCAGGGCCACAGAGAUCGCUUCCAGGAACAGUUUAAGAAAUUAAAGAGUCUGUUUUAUCGCUCCAGUAACUUGCAGUACUUCAAGAGGCUGAUUCAGAUCCCACAGUUGCCUGAGAAUCCUCCUAACUUCCUGCGUGCAUCGGCUCUGUCGGAGCACAUCAGCCCCGUGGUUGUGAUCCCGGCCGAGUCGUCGUCCCCCGAGUCAGAGCACGUGGUGGAAACAGACGACCUGGUGGACACCGACGUCCCUGUGCUGCCGGCUCCUGUGGAGACAAAGUUUGACGACCUGUUUGGCACCUCGGCUGCUAUUGACCCAUUCAACUUCAACAGUCAGAACGGCAUGCGCAAAGACGACAAAGACCGUCUGAUUGAACAGCUGACCAAGGAGAACAAGGCCUUAAAAGAGGAGUUGGUAUCUUUCAGGCUGGAGAGUGGUCGGUUGUGUCAGGCACUGCGCGGGCGUAUCAAUGAGCUGGAGGCGGAGCUAGCGGAGCAGAGCCACCUGAGACUGCAGGCCGCAGGGGAGAGCGAGUUCCUGAGGGCAGAGCUGGAUGACCUGCGGAGGGUCCGAGAGGACACGGAGAAGGAGCAGCGGAGCCUGACGGAGAUAGAGAAAAAAGCUCAGGCCAAUGAGCAGCGCUACACCAAACUGAAGGAGAAGUACACAGAGCUUGUUCAGAGUCACGCAGACCUGCUGAGGAAGAACGCAGAGGUGACCCGGCAGAUGACGGUGGCCCGGGCAGCACAGGAUGAAGUGGAGGAGGUGAGGAAAGAGAUGCAAGAGAAGGUGAAAAUCGCCCAGGAGGCUGCAGACAGACAGGAGAGGGAUCAGCUGCAGCAGCUUCAGGAGCUGCAGAGAGAGCUGGUGUCCAGCAGGGCAGACCUGGACUCCCUGAAGACCAUCAUGGCCUCAUCACAACAGUCAGGUGAGGUGCUCAUUACUCAGCUCGCCACCCUGGAGUCUACGAACGCGGAGCUUGUCCAGUUCUUGUCCAAGGUGGAGUCGGAGCUGGUUGUACGGGGGGAGGAGCUAGAGCGAGUCCAAAGCUCAUUGGCCAGUGAGAGGGAGAGCGGGGUGAAGACAGCAGAAGCCCUGCAGAAUCAGCUUAAUGAGAAGGAGAGCAGGGAGCAGGCAUUAGAGAGCCAGCUGGUCGCAGCUCGCUGGUCCAGUCUGCAGGGAGCCGUGGAAGAGGCAGAGAGGAUCAUUCAGGACUCGCUGGUGCAGAUAGACGACCCGGCACACAUCAGCUGCACCAGCUCUGCAGACUACCUAGCAUCCAGGUGUAAGGCCUCUUUAGACUGUAUGGACCGGCUCCAUUCUGCCAGAGAGGCCUUCGUGGCUGACAGCACAGGUGUGUCUGAGCUGGUACGAGUGGUGACCCAGUGUGGCCACCUGGUGGGUGACACCAUCGUUCAGGGUAGUGCCACGUCUCACAUGGUGCCUGUGGAGCAAGCUGAUGCUCUGUCAGAGAGUGUGAAGGCAUGCGGGGCCGAGGCUCUGGCUCUGCUGGGCCAGAUGAAGGAGCAGGACAGCCUGGCCACAGCGGACAGCUGCAAGCUGAAGGCAGCUCUGGAGGCCAUCCUGUCCACUGCAGAGAAACUGCGUCCUCGGGGUUUGGAGCUUCAGCAGGGGGAGCUGGGAGAUCUAGUGGAGCAGGAAAUGGCUGCUACGUCCGCUGCUGUGGAAUCAGCUGCCACCAGGAUAGAGGAAAUGCUCAACAAGUCUCGAGCCGUUGAUACAGGAAUCAAGAUGGAGGUCAAUGAGAGGAUCUUGGCCUCCUGCACAGAGCUGAUGCAGGCGAUCAAACAGCUCAUUCUGUCUUCCAAAGAUCUGCAAAGGGACAUUGUGGAGAGCGGUCGGGGGGCAGCAUCCAUGAAGGAAUUUUAUGCCAAGAAUUCCCGCUGGACUGAGGGCCUGAUUUCUGCCUCCAAAGCGGUGGGAUGGGGCGCCACGGUCAUGGUGGAUGCUGCUGAUCUGGUGGUUCAGGGCAAAGGGAAGUUUGAGGAGUUGAUGGUGUGUUCACAUGAGAUCGCCGCCAGCACAGCGCAGCUUGUGGCUGCUUCCAAGGUAAAAGCAGACAAAGAUAGCGCCAACCUGCACCGUCUGCAGCAGGCAUCCCGUGGCGUCACUCAGGCCACCGCAGCUGUCGUGGCUUCCACCAAGUCUGGGAAAUCCCAGAUUGAAGAGACAGAUACGAUGGACUUCUCCAGCAUGACUCUCACCCAGAUCAAACGACAAGAGAUGGACGCCCAGGUCCUGGUUUUGGAACUGGAGACGCGUCUGCAGAAGGAGCGAGAGCGUCUCGGUGAGCUGAGGAAGAAGCAUUACGAGCUAGCUGGGGUAGCAGAAGGCUGGGGCGAGGAAGAGGAGGGCACAGGUUGAGACCAGUCGUCCCUCUCCCCUACCAGAAGACUUGCUUCUGUCUGCCUCUUUCUAUUUAUACACACACAUUUCAGUCUCUUUCUCCCUUCUUUUCUUCUCUUUUUUGUUUGUUUGUUAUUCUAAGCCAAAUGAAAAGGUGCUUCUUUUCUAAACCUAUUUCUCCAUCUGCGCCUGGAAGCUUCCAUAAGGUCAGUACCAAGGGCUCAGCGACGGGGGGGCGUUGGAAGGAGGAACCGAUGGAUUUCAGGAGUCGCAAAGGAAAACGACCCCCACUGCCUCUCCCCCAGGACUGUGUUGGUAUAAGGCGGGCAUGAAGUCGAUCCGUUCUACCAAUUAUUUGUUGUUUUCUUCCCUGGUUCCCAUUUUUAACAACGGCGCUCCGUCGAGGAGUUGCAGCGGAGACGCAACGAGCACAAGUUCUACUCAAGACAUCCCAGGAUGCACUGCACAGGGGCCAAACUCGCAGCAGCAAGAGGGGAAAUGAGUGACUGUCUGCCCCACCCCCUGCCCCAAAACCAUGUCUCUGUGUAACAAAGAUGACAUGCAUGCUCUCCUACUAAAACAAGUGUUUUGUUCUACGUUGUGAGCUUAUAAAGCUAUGGGAGCCUGAGCUGCUCUUUAUCUGUUGGUGCAGUUUGACGUCUUUGCUAGUUUCUUCCUCUUCUUCUUUUUCUCACUGUGAGUUAUCACCUAUUAAGUCCACACCUCUUCACUGACUGGUUUACUGGACUUUCUGCCUUUCACCUCCUCACCGUUGUAAUGACCGUGACUGUUAACUUUCAUUGAAACUCUUAAAACCACUCCAAACUGUCAGCGUGCAGACGAGUCGGGGAGUAGUUUCAGAACAGGAAAGUAGCACAGUUGUUUUUGUUGGGUUAUUUUUCGAACAGUCCUCUUCUUGUGAGGUUUGAGACCACUGACUACCUCAUGCUACAUCUUCAGAGGUAGUGGUGCAUCACAGGGAGGUCUGAUGAGUAGACAUUCGGUCAAUUUUUGGACAUUUCCCCCUUUUCAGCGGUUAAAGUUAGUAAAGGGGGUCAGGAGAAAACACUUUGGGGUCUACUCCCUUUUCUGUUCAGUUUUUUUUCUCAAUGACAACAGUUAGAGUCUGGCAACAAACAUAACGUUGAAGACCCCUUAUUGGUGCAUAUUUUUAGAUAUGUCAGCAGCAGCAGCUUUGCAGGUGGAGCUGGGAUCCAGUCACAUAAUGAACUGCUACGCAACGGCGUUGUCUUCUGACAGACAGCGAGUAUCAGUUCCUGGAGACGUAAUGACCCUGCCAGCAGGAACAACCGUGCUCCUGGUGUAUUUCAGGAGACAGGACUGCCCGCUAAGUCAGAUAAAAACGUUGGAUCUCUUUUAAAAACAAACUUCACGUCAGCUUCGAGGAGCUCUAAGGCCAUCCAACAGCACACUUUUGUUCAUGAAACGUUGAAAGAUUUAUCUGGUUUAUCACAUGAUCCUGCCUCUUCAAGUACCCCGCAGGACUGACGUUGGACUGCCGUUUUUGUAAAUCCUUGACUAAACUAACAGUCUGUAUUUGCAGGACCACAACAGACUCUCAUAAAACGAAAUGCGCAGCACACAGACUGCAGCGUUUUCAAUAGCUUCCUCAAGACCACAUAGCUGUGUAUAUAACAUACAAGCCUUCUACUGAUCUUUUGCUUUCAUCUAAUCUGAAAAGCAACUGCAUCAAUGUUUGCAUCUCUCCGAGUAAGGAUUCAGUUUAAUUGAAUUAGGGAUACAAAAUGGUGCAAAUGAAAAUCACCCAUAACUAAUAUAAGUCGUUAUUUUUUUCCAUAAGAGGUUGUUAUUUAACAGAUUUUCCUACUGAGGCUCAUGACUUGUUGCCAGUGGACUUUGUGAGACGACUGACCAUGCCUUUGGUUUACCAUGAGAUGAGUGGACAUCCGUUUUUGAACCCGACACCUUUACACUUUCUUUCUGUUUGAUGACAAUAGCGGUGAUGAUUCUCUUGGAGUUCGUCUUUCUCCGUGUCUUAACAUACUUAGUUUCGACGCUCAGCUUCAGCUGUGUAUCUCUAAAAAAGUUGUGACACUGGGUAUUUAACAGACACUGGUCAAAUAGUAUUUGCCAAUAAUUCUUUUAAAAUGUCUUUUUAACCGUUUGGUGCAGCAGAUGGGCGAGUCACAACACAGUAAAGUAGUUAAAAGUUUAUUACUAAAUAGACGUUGAAAUAAUUAGACACCACCCAUCUGGUGCUCCAAACAGGUUACAGCAAGUAUUAUUUGCAGUACUGUUGGGUCCAGGUCUUGUAUUUAAUAAUGAUUUUAGCUGUGUUGUGUCACUUCUUCCACGCCUGGGCAAAACGGUAGCUGAUUUCAUUAGAAUAAACAGUUUAAAAGGAGGACACGUCCUCUCUUUAUGCUAUUUCAUUCAAGUGUCUUGAAAGAUGAAUUGAAUGCACCUUGAGUGAUGAUUGGUUGUAUUUUUGCCCAAAUAUUCUUUAUUAACCUCUCUCUCUCUCUCUCUCUCUCUCUCUCUCUCUCUCUCUCUCUCUCUCUCUCUCUCUCUCUCUCCCUC